AUGUUCGGUAGCUGGUCUUCAUACCCCGUCGGCGACGGCUCCCGUUCCGCAGUUAUCUGCCAAAUCUUCAAAUACAAGGGCCCGUUAACCUUCCCCGAAUACUCGGCCUCGGCAGUCUCGCAAGAAUCAUCAUCAUCUUCAUCGUCAUCGUCAGAAUCGACGUUUGCUGUCCCUGAUGGCGAGAGGAACUUCUACACCUACUUUGCUAAGAUCAAACGGGCCACCGACGUGACGCCGCAACACCUAGACGUGCUUAACCUCAGCGUAUCGUACGAUGUCCCCGUAGAGGAUUUGGUGGGCGGGAAGGAAUGGCUCCCCAAAGACGAAGACGAUGAGAUCUGGGCCGAGCGCAAACGGGAACUCCUGAUUGAGAACGACACGGCGUAUCAGGUCAUGGCUCGCAUCCGUAGGGAUAUAAAGCUGGGCCACAUGUACAAGUUCUUCCAGGCGCUCGAGAUGGUGACGCCAUACUAUGGAAUGCCGGACGAAUCCGAGGCGGCGGCAUCCAUGAUGGACAUUGAUUCACCCUCUCCCCCGAGCAACGACAACGGCAAGCGGCCCGCGUCUGAGGAAGCUGCCGGUACCGCAAAGAAAGAUCGGGCUUCCCCUGAAUCCGAUCCGAGUCCCGAGGGGAAGAAGGAGGAAAAGUUUUCUAUGCCAGAACGCUUCCGCGACGAUCUGGUCAAGAAUUUCGUUGAGCCCAUAUGCUGGGGUCACGGUGUUAGAGUUUACCCGCCCAGGGCCCCUCCAAAGCUCCAUGUCCAGCACUCCAAGUUCUCGGUUCACUUGAACUACCACAUCCACUGGACGCCGACGGACUCGCAAGAGGCCCGCAGUGGUCUUGUCGACGGACCGGCCCUUGGAAUGCAAAUCCGCCACGAACAUGCCUUCCGCGCCUUGAACGACCCGGCAGCAGCCAUCAAGAAGCGCCGCAAGAAGCUUAUGGCGGCAGCACUCGCCGCCAAAGGGAUCCUUGUUGUCGGCGAUGAUGGGGCUGCCCACGACGUGGUUGGCGUGACGAGGGAGAUUGCAGCAUUGCUAUCGAUAGCACAAAUGAGGGCGAAAGAAGGUGCCACGGAGAAGAAGGUGCGCUUUCGUGCGAUUGGGAAAGUCGAGGGAAGCUACUGGGACGACGUGUUCAUGGUCAGCAGUCUGCACCACCACGUGUCGAUCUCGCACCUACGCGUGAGCAAGCCGUACCUGAGAUUCCUGAGGACGGGCAAAAUGCCAAACCCGCACCAUGCGUUCAUCAAAGAGGGAGGCUGGGAGAAGCUGCAUCUGAACAAGACGAAGUACUACAGUCUGAUGGUGCCCGAAGACCGCGUUGAGGCGGCUAGGGCUCUCGUGACAGUUCUGAAGUAUGUCACAAGGAACGAGAAGAAGAUGUAG